AUGAACCCGGCCGCCAUUUCUAGGAUGCUGCAUGAUGCCGACACCACCAAUGGAGAUGCCUUGGCCGCUUUAAUGGCGCCCGAUUACCACUCAUUCUUCCGGGUUCGUGUGGAUAGCAAGUAUGGCCGGUCGAAAGGACUUCCUCCAUUGAAUGAAACUGUCCUCCCAGACGGGUACCUGGCUACAUGGCAACUGGCAUUUCUCAUCCGACAUCCUGCCUUAGUUUUCCCAUCGAUGUACCGGGCUGAUCGGGCUCUGAAGGAUCUCUAUCCUUCGGGUGAUAAUCCCUUCGAGGGUCUGUUGUCGGAGAGUUAUUUGAAAAUUACUCUAACUCUACGCUGGACACGGAUGCUCUACGAUUGGUGUGUUCGCCGGAAGGGACAGGCGCAUCCAAUCAUUUUGGAUGCCUCUGACCUUAUCCAUAAUAAGAGCUCUAUGGUAAAAUUCUGCGAGCAAACGGGACUCGACCCCACAGUUUUAAAGUUUGAGUGGGAGAGUGUCGGUCCUGAGGAUAAAUCUUCGUCAGGAGAUGGAGCUUCCGAGCAAGACUCCAUACUUCAAAAAGCUGAAACUUCCAUGAGAACAACUCUGAUGGGAUCCUCCGGGGUGUUAAAAGAGAAGGCGCCGGAGGUUGUCCAUAUUGCUUCGGAGGCGGAAAGGUGGAAGCAUGAAUUUGGCGACAAGGUGGCUAAUUUUAUUCUCAAGAGGGUUCACGAGGCAAUGCCCGAUUACGAAUAUCUUAGGCAACGGAGGUUGGUCUAA